AUGCAGCCUGGCACGAUGCAAGCCGGCGACACCGGACCGCGUGGUGGGCGCAGGGCGGGGAUUCGUUACCACUCGUUGCAGCGAACAAGGGCUCCAAGGGUUGUGCGGGGGUGCGGCAACGACGCAUUGGCCGACGCAUUGGCCAACGCAACACGCGCCGCACGCGCCGCUUCUCCCAAAAUCCUAUCCUCUGCUGCAAAUGUCAACCACCGACUGAGCCUUUCCCUUGCCACCAUCGCCACCCAUCCCAUCGAAAAUAUCAUCACCAUCACCACCACCACCAUCAUGGCCUCUGCAUCUGCACCCGGAAAGUGGGCUCGCGUCUUCAAGGUGUCCAUCUACCUCAAAAAGAAGGACGGCAUCUCGGACCAGCAGUUCUCCGACUACUAUGCCCAGACGCACGCAGCCCUCGCUGGACCCGUGCUGCUCAGGCACAACUGCAUCUCCUACACCCAGUUUCACCACAUGACCGAAACAGCCAGGGACUCGAUCACGUCCAUCUUUGGACCCGAUGCGCUCAGCCCGCAGAACCCCAUGCAGCCCAUCGCCUAUGACGGCUGCUCCUCGUUCGUCUUUGCCUCCAUCGACGACGCACGCGGCUUCUUCCACGACCCAGAGACCGCCCAGAUCCUCGGCCCCGACUCGGUCAACUUUACCAACACCGCCACUCUUCAGGUCGCCAUCGGUGACGAGUUUGUCGCCAUCCAGGACGGCAAGCCCGCCGCAUGA